GAAUAUAUCUCCUGGAUUUAAUCUACAUUGAUUCUGCGUAUCCCGCUUCAGGCAGCAUUAUGGAGAAUGAACAAAGAUCCAAUCAAAUGAACAAUAUUCUCAGAAUAAUAGCUGAUCUGCAAGUCUCCUGUAACUAUGAUCAUCUUACAACACUGCCCCAUGUGCAAAAGUAUUUGAAGUCUGUCCGUUACAUUGAAGAACUUCAGAAAUUCGUAGAAGAUGACAAUUAUAAAUUAUCAUUAAGAAUUGAGCCAGGUAACAGCUCUCCUCGACUGGUAUCCUCCAAAGAAGAUCUUGCAGGUCCAUCUGACGUGUCAGCAGUUAUGAAAUUCAGCAAGAGACCCACGUGUCCUGAUGCUUCAGUAGCAGCCAGUCUACCUACGCCUCCUGUCCCGAGGCACAGGAAGAGUCACAGCCUGGGAAACAACAUGAUGUGUCAGUUCAGCGUGGUGGAGAGCAAAAGCGCCACCUUCCCGACAGAGAAGCCGCGGCACCUCCUGGACGACAGCGUCCUGGAGCCCCCCAGCCCGGCCCGCCCUACGCCCAGCGCACUGCUCACCAACGGCCUCUCCAUAGAUAGCAGUGAAAGCUCAGAAUUUAGUGAGGAGCUGCCAUCAGGGCUUGAAAGGGGUCGUUUAUAUGCCACGCUGGGGCCUAACUGGAGGGUACCGAUCCGGAAUUCUCCUAGGAGUCGAAGCUGUGUCUACAGCCCAACAGGGGCCUGCAGCUGCACAUUGGGGAGUUCCACAGGAGUCAUCACCAUGGAAGGGCCAUUAAGAAGGAAAACAUUGCUCAAAGAAGGCAAGAAACCUACUCUCUCCUCAUGGACUAGAUACUGGGUUAUGCUUUCAGGAUCAACUCUUCUGUACUUUGGAGCAAAAUCUUUAAGAGGCACUGAAAGAAAACAUUAUAAAUCUACACCUGGUAAAAAAGCCUCCAUUGUGGGCUGGAUGGUGGCACUGCCUGAUGACCCUGAGCAUCCUGAUAUUUUCCACCUAAAUAACCCUGACAAAGGCAAUGUUUACAAGUUCCAGACUGGUUCAAGGUUUCAUGCAAUAUUAUGGCAUAAGCAUUUGGAUGAUGCAUGCAAAAGCAACAAGCCUCAGGUACCUGCUAAUCUAAUGUCAUUCGAAUAA